AAUAAAAAAUAUGCAUUUUCACAUUGUUAUGAUUAGUUCUCUCUUACUUUGAACUUUUUAUCUUGAAAGAGGAAACAUAAUUUAAAGAAAAAAGUGACAAACGAAUAACAGCAGAACUGAUGUAUUACUUUCUCUAAAUAUUAUACCUUCUAAUAGUCAUUUCUUCUUACAUCGGGUUAAACUUAUAUCAGAAAUAAGUACUUGAAUUUUUUUUUUUUUUUUAAAAAGCAUGGAGAUGUGUGUGAGAGUUGGGGGUUACUUUAAAAAUAUUUAGAUCAACCAUAAUAUUUAAUGUCCUAAGAAUCAGAAAAUUAAGAACAUUAUAAUUGUUGUCGUUAGAAGGCCGGAAGUAUAGGGAGUAGUAAAUAUUUUUCCUUCAAAAAGGUCUUUUGGUCACACUAUUUUGGCCACAAUGGCCCAAAUGGAUUAAAUUCAUAUGAUUAUUUAGGUCAAAUUUAAUAAUUUAUGUUUACUUAAUGUCAUUUCUAUCUUUUCUUCUCAAAUUUUAUCUUAAUUUAAAAUUAUACAAUAAAGGUUAUGGUAAUUUUUACAUAAAUGUGGUCAAAUUUGAAUCAAAUUCGUGUGGCCAUUUAGCAACUCUCUUUUUCCUUAUCCCUCAAGAAUCCCUUUUCAUAUACCAAAAAGAACAAGGAAAUAAAAUAAAACCAAGGCCUAUAAAUACUCCUCCGUAUUCCCUCUCUCAACACACACGGCCUUUUGGGUUUCUCUAGGGUUUUUAUUUCCUCUUAAUCUCUUCCAAAUUUAUCAUCAAUCCAAUGGAGUCAUCAUCAUUAGUAACAGAGCAGAAAAAGAUGUUGAUAUUGAAAUCCUCCGACGGCGAAUAUUUUGAAUUGGAAGAAUCCAUCGCCGUUCAAUGUGGAACCAUCAAAAACUUGGUGGAGGACGAUUUCAGCCAUAUCCCGCUCCCAAACGUUGAUGCCAAAACCCUAAGAAAAAUUAUCGAAUACAUGAAGAAGCACGCUCAGAAGAAUGAUUCGAACGAAGAAGAAAUCAAAGAUUUCGACGAGAAAUUCGUGCAAGGUACCUUCAACGACGUGUAUGAACUUUUACAUGCAGCAAAUUACCUUCACAAUAGUGGUUUGAUGGAUCUCUUGUGCCAGUCGAUUGCCGAUAGAAUUAAGGACAAGUCGGUAAAAGCUGUUCGGGAGAUAUUCAAUGUCACUAAUGAUUACACACCAGAGGAAGAAGCAAAGGUUCGUAUGGAACAUCUGUGGGCGCAUGAAGGAGGAGAAAUUGAUGAAUCUCUUGAUUAGAUAAAUUUCUGUUUUUAGUUUUUCUCUUUGGUCUUUAGUUUUUAUUAGUUUCUGGAUUCUUAUUAAUUAUUUGGUGUUCAAUUUUAGAGAUUGAUAUAUUAAAAUUCUAAUUUAUAUACAAUCAGUUUCAAUCUAAUUGUGUGAUUGAAAAUAAAAAGGUGGUACUACCCAUUAAAAUAAAAUAACCUUAAAGAUAUCAGAAUUUGAUGAAGAGAAAGGAGAAUUAUGAGGUGUUACACUACUAAAAAAACUAGCAAAAACCGACAGAAAAAAAAAAAAACC